AUGAAUCCUCUCCACGACCUUAAACGCGAUAUUGCGGAAGCCAUCCGCAUUUUCUGGGGACCAUGUCAGGGUCUUAAAGUAACCAGCGGAAUCAAAUCAGCCGGCGAACUUCCACACAAGUUCUACUGGGAAAAAGUCGAUCCGAAUGAAGUUAUUCCCCGAGGAACACCUGAAUGGGACGAAGCUCAGUGGAAGAUGUCCUCACCUAUUAUUUACAUUGACCUCUCUAAGGUCAACAAUCGUCCGGCUCUUGGCUACGAUGUCAAUGACAUGAUGAAAGGAGUAGAGGGUGUUAUCGACGAAUACAUUAAGAUAUUCGACAACGGUAACGAGUCCUACCCGGCGGGGAUGGGUUGCGACCCCCGGAUGUAUCUCGUCAUCUUCAAGCCGUACAAUGUCCACUUUGGGCCAAAGGUUGCUAGCAUGUGCUUGCCUCCAACACACUCCAACGGCUAUGACCCAAACCGACCUAUAAGUGACCAGAAGUUGGAAUCAAAGAUGGUGUUCCUGCCUGUGAAAGACGGAAACGAUCGAACGGAAUGGGAGGCGAAAUGGAACGAGUGGAGAACAAUCCGAGAUACUCAACAUUUCACACCGGCGUCAAUUGGGACUCUGUCGAAAGUGAAGAAUUACCUUAAGAGGUACAUUCAUUAG